GUGAUCUUGGGCCAGUCGCCGUCUCUGACGUUGCAACGUCGCAGAGCGAAGAUGGCUACCACUCGAUCGAUCUUGCAAACAACGCGCGCCAGAUUCGUCGGUCUGGGCCGACUCGGACUAUGUACGGCUCUCAAGUGUGAACAAGCUGAUUGGGAUAUCGUUGGUUCGGAUGUCUUUCCGGCGCACGUGGACAGCAUCAACGAAAUCACGCUUCGUUUGACUGAGCCAAGAGUCGAGGAAGCGCUUCGAUCGAGCAAACAUCUGCGCGCAACUUUAAAGCUGCGUGAAGUGAUCGAUCGCGUCGAUAUGGUCUUCAUCCUCGUCGCCACGCCCACUGACUCUGGAGAUCAAGCGUACGACACAAGCGCGCUCAGUCGGUUUUUUGAGUGA